AUGGUCAAUCACCAUGAUGCAGUAGUAUUAUUUGAAGAACUUCAAUCGGCCAUUUUACAUGCACUACAGUACGUUUCACGGAACUAGCGACUCCGCAGUGGCGCUUCCGGUGGUGAAAUUUCAGUGUUCCGCGGUUUCUCAAACUUGCACACAAUACGCGGCAAUUUAGAAUACUGCACGGUUUUUAAAAAUAAGAAUAAAAGUAAUUAUUUUAUUUAUUGUAUAAUAUAUAUAGUGGUUAUAAAAUGUUUGGCAGUGGAAGGUAAAAUUCAUAUCAACAGGGCCAGCUGUUCGAUGGUUUAUUGCCGCGUCAUUUUUAAAUUACCGAGCUUUUUUAGUCACACGUUUAGGAAACCCUCACGGAAAUCUAUCACCGGAAGCGCCACUGCGGAGUCGCUAGUUUCGUAAAACGUACUGUAGAUAAAAUUACACUUUGAACAGAUUCUGAUACUUUUAGUUCUGCAAGUCAUCUUUUUACUGCGAUAAAACAGUUAAAAUUUCAAACAGCUUUAUCAAUUUCAGUGAAAAUACUUUCCACAAGUUUUCCAGUUAGCCGAUAUCUUCAAACAGUAAAUCUUGAUUUUAAAACUGCAUUAGAAGCUGCUAAUGUUCAGAAUAAUACUCAGGAUAUUAGAAAAAAUUGUGAUGUAGAGUUUCAACAAUUAUUUUUAUCUGUAAUAACUGUUUGUGAAAAAUUUGAUACAACUGUUAAUUUUCCACGUCAAUCUAAAUCAGAUGAUCCAGAAUAUUUUUUGAAGUAUUCAUACCUUUUAUAA